AACUUCUAAUUUGGAACCAAACCGAACCGAACCGAACCGGUGAAGGGUGAAGUUGAAAGAAGAGGAGAAAGCGUUUGUUCGUUGCGAGAAAGGCAAAUCGGAGACGAUGAGCGAAACCGAAGCAACCGGCGCUACCGAUGAUUCGGCUCCAGCGGUUGCGAGUGAAACUGCUGCUGAUGCGACGGUGAAUACAGCGAUCGGAGUGGUUGAAUCGGUGGAAGGAGCCAUAGAAGGAGCAGAGAAAUGGGUGGAUGAUUUCCAACGGACGGUGAAGGAAUCGACGGAUUCCGCCAUGCGCUCUGCUCGUUCCCUCCGUGAAAACUCUACCUCUCAGUUCCGCUCUAUACAGGAUUUCAUUCCACAUGCUUUGACUCAAUAUAAGACCUAUGAGAAUGCUUUCUUCAGUAAAGUAACAGAAGAAUUGAUAUACGCAAAAGAACAUCCGGCUGCUACUGUUGGGAUUGGUGUCGCUGCUGGUCUCGUUCUGAUGCGAGGCCCAAGAAGAUUCUUGUUUCGUCAUACACUAGGCCGAUUUCAGAGCGAAGAGGCACAGUUCUUGAAAGCUGAGAAGCAUGUUCAGGAGUUAAACAUGUCUGUAGACUUGAUGAAAAAGGAGAGCAGGAAAUUGCUUGAGAGGACGGCUUUAGCAGAGAAGGAUAUGAAACGCGGUCUCUCUGAACUCAUGAACUCUGGAAACGAUAUACAUCGUCUUGCUAAGUCCGUCCACAAGGUUGAAUGUGAAGCUGCAGAUUUGAUGGACGGACUUCGGCAAAUUCCUGGAAGGGAAGCUAUCAAGCUUAGAGCUGAAGUGGCUUCCAUGACUUCGCUCUUGAGACAAAAGAGGAUUGCAUUGAACAAAAGGAUCAUGAGUAUGUCUGAGCUAGGAGUUCCCGUCUGAUAUAUCCAACACAAACCCACAAUUUCUUGGGUUUUCUCAAACAAAGUUUAUUAGGUAUUUUCCAAUUGAAUCGCAGUGUACUCUCGUCCAUAAAACAUCUUACUCUGUCUGAAACCAAAACCUGAGCUUGAGACAGAACUUGUAUACUGUGUUUUCUGCCUGAUUCCUAAGAUUUCUAGCUCAGAGAGAAUUAAUUGAGUCAGAAAAAUAUGUGUGCUUGGUUUGGAGAAUCCUUAAUU